CAAUCCUAAACCCGAAAGCCGUUAGAAAUGUGUAUAAAAGCGAUGAAUGGCACGAUGUCCCAGCAUCAGUUUCCAUUGUUCAAAUCCACCAGUAGACCCAAAAGGAUUGUCAUCUAUAGAUUCCAAGAAUGAACUCCAAAAUCAAUCUGAUGGUCAUUCUAGCGGUGCUCUGCACCGUGGCUCUUAUUGAAAAUGUGCAGUCCAAUCCAACCGUUGAUCUCUUCGGGGGAUACGAAAUCAUCUCGGUGUGCAUGACCAACUGUGCCCAGUGUAAGCGCAUGUUCGGAACGUUCUUCGAUGGGCAGCUGUGUGCCGAGGCGUGUCUCGAGUUCAAGGGCAAGAUUAUUCCCGACUGCGAGGACAUCGGAUCGAUUGCCGGCUUCCUGAACCGGGCCGAGCUGAAAAAGUUUGCCUAAAAUGAAAUAGAGCCAUGGAAACUAUGAAUGUUAAUUGCGAGACGUUAGACACUAGACGAUUAAUAAAUUGAAAAUACGAUUA